AAGAAGUAAAGAAAUGUGUUCACUUUAGAAACAGAAGUAGGUAGAAGUACUUUUGUUGAUCAUGAAUGAGAAACAUGUGCUCGAAUGUAAGAGUAUAUCUUUUAUGACUGCUAUUUCAAAUGGUACAUGGUUUUCCAAGAUUUACAAGCCACCGUCAGUAUUUCAAAUUUUGAAAAAUAUUAGUUUCACAGCAACUUCUGGAGAAAUACAUGCAAUUGUUGGUGUGGCUGAUUCUGGAAAAACUACACUCUUGGAAGCACUAACAAGUGGAGCAGGAGGAGAUAUCGGAGGGAUUGCAAUGCUUGAUAAAUUUAUGUUGACUCGUCGCCGAUUCAACAAGUUCUGCUCCCAUAUCAACUACCGUAAUCAGUAUCCAUCUUCUCUAUCGGUCAGAAGUUUACUUUACUAUCACGCGAGGCUAUGUCUAUCAUCUACACAUACCAGUCUUGAGAUUGACCAUCGGAUCAGCGAACUCAGUGCAAUGUUUGAUGUUAUUGGAUAUGCGCAUGAUAAACUAGAAGAUUUGUCAUUUAGUGCCAGAAGAAGGGUUAUGACUGUUAUGGAAUUAUUGAAAGAUCCAAUUCUCACGAUAAUUGACGAUCCAACGGCAUAUCUUUCUCCACUAUCAGCAUAUCAACUCAUCUAUGCUCUUCAUUUUUACGCUGCAAAAUUCAACAGAAUCAUAAUAAUAACUUUACGAAAUGUUCGUUCUGACCUCUCGCAUUUACUUGGUUCUGCUACUUGUCUAUUUUAUGGAGAAGUAGCAUAUAGUGGUCAAAUGCGUCUUUUGCCAAAUCAUUUCAAAAAAGCUGGUUUUGAAUGUCCGCCAAACGAAAAUCCAGCUGCAUAUUACUUGUCGUUAUUAACAAUUGACAAAGAGAGCAUGCAAAAAGUUAUGGAGACACAGGAAAAAGCCACUAAACUUGUUGCGUUCCGAACUGAUAAUGAUACAUCAUCUGAUAUAUCAGGAUCCUCAGCAACUGGAACAGGAGUUCUUCUAGAUUCUGGUAGAAAAAAUCCCUCAAUUUCAACUGUUGCAGCAAUUCUAUUCCGUAGAGUACUUUCACUUAUUGGUUCUACUCCUUCAAAUAGCUUAGCUGGGUUAAUUGCAUUCCCAGUAACUGCUGCAGUGCUAUCUUUUCUAAGACCUACAUCGCUUCCAUCUUCAUUGUUUUUCUGGAAAUUACUGACAUUUUUAUAUUUACUUCUUCAAACUAUUGUGAUUUUUCCUAACUAUUCAAAGACUAGUCUCCUUAGCUUCAGAGAAUGUAAUUUAUAUUGCCAGACGACAAGUUUAACAAUAUUUUCAAUUUUCUUCCUCGUAUACUCAUGUAUUCAGUCUUCUCUAUUCGUUGGUAUAGUUUUAUGGUCAUUCAAGUCAGAAGCUAUGUUUCAAAUCAGUUUGAAUCUAUUUCUACUUUCUAUUUUUUCAUUCUCUAUAUUCACAAUCUGUGCGAGAUAUUUGAAAAAUUGCUCAAACAUUGUAAUUUUACAAACAAUUAUUAUCUUGGCAUUUUUCGUUUCUGGAAAUGGAGUAACAGGAACUACAACAUCUUCUUCUAUUCAAUAUUACAUAGGUGUAAUCAAUCCAUUCAAUUAUUCCAAUUUUCUUCUCUCAAAACUUUUGUCAAGUUCUAUUGAUAACGAGGAAUGUACAUUCCCUUCUUACAUGUGCAAACUAUCAAUGAAUCUUCAUUCAGAUUUAUACCCACCAUGGUAUGCUCCAAACGAUGUAUUCACAAAUUUCGCUAUUCUUUUCUGUCUAAGUCUCACUUUUCUCGUUAUUUCCUUUUUUAUUCAUUUGACAGAACCGUCUGUUCAGCUCAAAAAACAUAUGAAACAAUCUUGAACUUGUUUAUAAAAAAUAAAGGUCCAAAA